CUUCAUCUCACCACAUAGGUGUUGUAUCAUCUCACAUCGGGACAAUAAGAAAGGGGACUCAUGGAGGUGAGGUCCUUUGUCUGAAAGAAGUGAUCCCAGUUUGGCAGAGGGAGGAAGUCCAGACUCUGCUAGGAGUCAAGCCCUCAGAACCCCACGUGGCCAUGGCCGGAUAUGAUGUAUCUGAACUUCCGCUUUGGAACCGCGGGCCUCGCCCAGCGUUCGCAGCAUUUCUUCUGACAAGGAACGGAAGAUUACUUCCCAGGAGUUCUUUGAAGUCAAGGUUGGUGAGAGCCUUUGUUUGAGGGGAGAAACAUCAGAUCAGCAGAAGAAGGUGUCCCAGGCCCUACCUAGAGCCAAGAUCACCUGCUGUCCCUGACCACAGUCAUCAUGCCUCGGGCACAGAAGAGUAAGCUCUGCACCGGGGAGAAGCGCCACCAAGCCCAAGGUGGGACCCAGCCUCAGAGGGGUGCUCAGACCCCUGCGGCCACGGAACAAGCAUUCCCUUCCUCGGCCUCUCCUCCCUUUGAAGUUCUUACUCAGAGAAAUCCUGCUGCCAGGUCACGUAGCGCUCCCAAGAGGUCUCAGAGGGCCGUGUCCGCCACCACAAAGUCUGCAGGUGUUUCUCGCACAAGAUCAUACAAAGGAGCCGACUGCCAAGUUGAGAAAAAGCAAAGUUCCGUCCAGUCCCCACUCUCCAUUGUGCAGUCUCAGGGGGACCCUGUAAGCAAAACAGCGAGUGUUUUGGUAGAGUUCCUGUUGCACAUGAGCAGAAUGAAAAGGCCCAUUAUGAAAGCUGAUAUGCUGAAGUUUAUCAAUAAAAAGCAUAAACAUCGCUUCGUUGAGAUCCUCAAAAGAGCCUCUUUCAGCUUGGAAGUGGUUUUUGGUGUUGACUUAAAAGAAGUCGAUCCUACCAAGCAUUCCUAUGUCCUUGUCAGCAAAAUGAACCUCCCCAACAACGGGACUAUAAACCGUGGCAGGGGGUUUCCCAAGACCGGCCUCCUGAUGAAUCUCCUGGGCGUGAUCUUCCUGAAGGGCAACUGCGCCGCCGAAGAGAAGAUCUGGGAGUUCCUGAGUAAAAUGAGAGUCUAUGCGGGGAAGAGGCACUUCAUAUUUGGGGAGCCCAAGAAGCUCAUCACCCAAGAUUUGGUGAAGCUCAAGUACCUGGAGUACCGGCAGGUGCCCAACAGCAAUCCUCCACGCUAUGAGUUCCUGUGGGGCCCCAGAGCCCACGCCGAGACCAACAAGAUGAGAGUGCUCGAGUUUUGGGCCAAGAUUAACCAAACAGUCCCAAGUGCCUUCCAACCUUGGUAUGAAGAGGCUUUGAGAGAUGAGCAAGAAAGAGCCGAAGCCACAGUCACACUCCAGGCUGAGACCGAUGCUACGGCCAGUGCAUGUUCCAGGGCAUGUCCAGCAGCUCCUCCCACACCUAGUGAGGUCGAGCCCGAUCCUUCACAUUGUGACUGAAGAGAGCAGUCAGUGUUCUAAGUAGUGGAGGCCUGGGUGUGACUGAGGGAACAGCAUGUAAUCCUUGGUGCUCCUGUUCUGUAUGGGUAAUUUGGAGAUUUACCAACAGUUUGAGUUUUUGCUACUUUUCAAAUGUUGCUAUUUUGAAGUGAAAUCUUACCUAGCCUUAUAGUGUAAAUUUAUGGAUUAUUUUGGCCUCACUUGUUAUCAGUUUAAAAGAGUGUUGCUGUUUCAUAAAACAAACUGGGAAAUUUCCCAUCUUAUUUAGUGUUCUGGUACAAAGUAGCAUGGCAUUGAAAUAUGAAUUUCCUUGAAAAUGUAAAAGGACUUAAGCAGUGAAAUAUAUGGAGUCAAGAAGUGGAGGAGAAGAGUAAGAUGGUCUGUAUUUGGUUUCCUAAUUCCUUUCACUCUGUAUUUUGUAACAUUCUAAAUAACAGCAUGUGUUUGACUAAUGGAAGAAUGUAGCAUCACAUUUUAAUAAAUUAGACUCACUGCUCA